AUGCCGGCCUGUCUACCAGCAGAGACAGAGAAUCUGAGCCGCAAUGCAAGCCCUGGCAUGAACAAAAAGGGUGCAGCGGGGGCUGUGGUUAGGCGUCGCUUACGGCGGGGAUAUGGCUGCUCUCUUGAAUUCGACGUCAUUCCGCGAUGGUCUCCUGUCGGUCCCAAAUCGCCGUCCAUAGGCAGCAAGGCCGACGUGGCAGGGAUCCGGACCGCGGCGGGUUGCGGUUUGACACUCCCUCACCGUCGACGCGCGCAUUCUCGACCAUCCUCAUCCUCCGUCUGCCCUCCAACCCUUCCUGCCUCCCAAGACGCUCUGUUCUCUGGCAGUCUUCUCGCUCCCACCUUCCCUGAUUUGCGAGGACCCCCGGCAUUCGCCUGUUCGAGCCUCUUAGCCAUCCCCACCGCUUUCUACGCCGCCCUUGCUUACGUCGCAAACGCCCCGCAUCGACAGAUUGCGUCUGUGACACGAUUCGUUGCGUGGUUCCUAGACGGAGACAACUAUAAGCGGCGCAUCACCGUGAGCGUAAUCAAGCCCGACCAGUCGGACGCCGACAUUAUCUCUCUGGAUGUGGGCGGGGAUAUGACGCUUGAGCUGCUCAAGGCGAUCAUCGAAAGCGAAUCCGGCAUCCCUCCCGCCAACCAGAGACUGGUCUACAACAAUCAGCUGCUCAACAAUGAUGCACAGACGCUGGAGCAGGUGGGCAUCGGAGAAGGAGACAUGUUGGGGUGUCACGUCGGAACUCGGGGUCAGCAGCCUGGUGCCAGGAGCUUAGGAGGAGGAGCAGGCGCAAAUGCUGCCGCUCAACAGGCUUUGGCUCGCAGGCAGCAGAUGACGCCGGAUUACGAGACCCUGCGGUUGCAUAUUCUCGGAGAUCCCAGAGUCAUGGAAACGGUGCGAAGGCAGAACCCGGAAUUGGCACAAGCUGCGGAUGACCCCCAGCGCUUCCGUGACGUCCUGCUUGCCCAGCAACGACGGGAGGCCGAGCUCGAGGCGGAGAAGGAGGCGCGGAUAGCGAUGCUCAAUGCGGAUCCGUUCAACGCAGAUAACCAACGCGAGAUCGAGGAGAUCAUUCGACAGCAGCAAGUGACGGAGAAUCUACACAAUGCCAUGGAACAUCAUCCGGAGUCAUUUGGUCGCGUGACCAUGCUCUACAUCCCUGUCGAGGUCAACGGCCAUCCAAUCAAGGCCUUUGUCGAUUCGGGUGCCCAGGUUACGAUCAUGUCUCCGGAAUGUGCAUCUGCCUGCAACAUCAUGCGUUUGGUUGACCGUCGAUAUGGUGGCAUUGCCAAAGGCGUUGGGACUGCGACCAUCAUCGGCCGCGUUCACUCCGCUCAGAUCAAGAUCGGGACCUGCAUCGAUCUGAAAAAAGGAGCCUUGGUGAUCCAGGACGAGGCCGUUCCUUUCCUGGGGGAGGCUGACAUCCCCAAGCAGUUCCAGGAUGAGUUCGAGGACGAGCCUCUCAUCCAUGGUGCGGAUGGGGCACAGAUUGGUGCGAGAUCGGGGGCCGUCACAAGUCCAGCCGCAAACAGCCAGCAACAAGGAGCUGCUUCGUCGCAAGCUACGCCAGGUCCUUCCUCUCGCUGGCCUCAGGACUCGAUAUCGAGGAUCACCGAGCUCGGGUUUACGCGCGAGGAGGCAAUCCGCGCGCUUGAUGCAGCGGGCGGGGAUCUGGACGACGGUAACGAGCAAUCUUCCGUCGAGUCUGAAACCUCUUUCCCACACUUCACGGCCACGGUGACAAGUGGAGGAGGGGCGAAGGAAAAAUGCAUUUUGAGGUAUAUGGGCUCACUCACCUCUCAACAACGCCCCAACCGCCCACACACUCAACGGAACAUGAUACACCAGCUCCAUGAGGUUGUACGCUCUGAACCAGGCAGGCGGGCUUUCGAAGAAUUUGUCGUGGGGGAGAGGUGGAAAAAGAAAGGGGUCAAAGGUCAGAAAAAGGAAUCCAUGCCGAUGCCAACAAUCGAACUUCAACCUUAA